CAAUCGAUUGAGAUCUCUUACACUCAUAUUUUGCGCUUUUUCCUUUCUGAUUUGAUUUUGACUACUCUGGAUGGAGUGGUAUUUUAGGAUGUUGGCCCGGUCCGUCUCACGUUUGGCCACCCUCUCGCGACGCGGGUUUGCAGCAGCAGCAUCUACACCUGCGGCACAGAAGAAUCUCAACCCUGAAGAGCUCCGACUAACAUUUGCUUCCCCUGACGCGGCAUUUUACAACAAUGCCGUGGUCAAGCAAGUUGAUGUGCCGACACUUGCUGGUAUGGUCGGCGUUCUCGCCAACCACGUCCCCACCAUCGGUGUUUUGAAGCCUGGCGUAGUUACUGUUACUGACAUGCAAGGGCAGCAGACGAAAAUGUUCGUGUCGUCUGGAACAUUAUCCGUUAAUAUCGAUGGUUCAUGUCAAGUACUAGCCGAAGAAGUAGUAAAAAUUGAGGAUAUCGAUCAAAACGAGGCUCGAACUAUCUUAGAAUCUGCUCAACGUGAUGCUGCUGAAGGAAGUGAUUUGUCGAGAGCUGAAGCCUCCAUCAGAGUCGAGGUUGCUGAAGCUCUGCUCAAGGCCGCUUCUGGCCAACAGUAAAGAGAUUAACUGUUAGGCAUCGUUGUCAACUCGUGUAGAAAAGUUAUCCUGUCUCAUUGUCAUGAUUUUCUCAUCGUCACUGCGUUGUUUUCUUCGAAUUUUGUAUUUUGUAGAUGUAGAUCAUAAGAGCAGAAAAGUAAAU